AUGGAGAAUAACAACAACAGGUGGUUUUCCCCAACACAGGCCUACACCGGAUCUAACCAUGGAGAACAACCGCAACCUGAGUCGGGCGGUGGCCGUGGAAACGACGAUGGUCGCGAAGAUGGCGUACAAGAGGAAUCAUCAGUGAUCACAAACAAUAGCAGUAAUGACGAGAACAAUGAAAACAAUAACAACAUUUUUGUUGGCAGUAAUGAUGGCAAUAAUGGAAACAAGAACAACAUUGUUUUUGGUGAUAAUUAUUCCAACAUAGGCGGUAAUGAUCAAGAGGGUCCCUCAAGAAAAUGGAAACUUGGUUUCUUAACAAGAGCAGUAGCUGAACCGACAACAGGAGACUCUUGUUACAAACAAUGGAAGUCUGAAAAAUCCUUGAUUAUUGCGUGGCUGGGUAAGCUUGUGACAUGGAGGAGCAAGAAACAAGGAGUUGUAGCAAGGAGUAUUGCAGAAGCCGAGUUUUGA